AUGGAGACUGGCAAGUCGGGAUUGGAGAGUGUUCCAGUGCACGUCGGUUCCGUUGCAGCACAGGCGGGGAAAAGGCUGGACGUCCAGACCCCUCUGACGGCCGUUUACAUCCACACGCUGCCCGCCUACCCGCAGCCUGCUGCCGCCAUCUACCCCAAGGAGCCGCUUCCCGUUCUGACCCUGCACAUCGCCGGAGGGCUACAGUCUCCGCCAGGCCUGGGUCUGGCCGCCGCCGCCCCCCCAGCCAAGCCCAAAUCGGCGGGGAAGCACGUGUGUCCUCACUGCGGGCGGGACUGCAUGAAGCCCAGCGUGCUGGAGAAACAUCUCCGCUGCCACACGGGGGAGCGGCCAUACCCCUGUACCACCUGUGGAGUUUCUUUCAAAACUCAGAGUAAUCUGUACAAACACAGACGCACACAGGCGCACGCCCGGCUCUCUUCCGAGUCUGAGCACAGUAGCGUGGACAGCAUGUCCAGCUCGAGGGAGACGUGUUCCUCCAGUUUGUCUCUGGAUGAGUUGCGCAGUGAUGAGUUGGGGAGUAUUGAGAAGAAUGCCACGCAGAGCACCACUUCGGCUAGUACCAAAAAGACCCUCGCUGUGCAGACACAAAGUUCUGUCAAUGAGCUGAAAGAGCGGAGUUCCUUAUUUCUCAAAACAGAAACUAUUAGCAGUGGAAAGGUAUCAAUGGAAGAGGACAAACAGAUGAUGGAAAAUGCUAGGCCACCUCUGACUGUUAGCCGACAUCUUCCACUUCAGAGACAAGAAGCUUUGCUUUUCUCCAAGCAGUGGGAGAGCUCUGUAUCCAGAGGGAAAUCCCAGAAUCACGAGAGCACAGACUCUGGCUUCAGUGAGAGUAGUGAUCACUAUCCGAGUCCCAGCAAUGCUUUACCUGAACACAGCAUGGAAUUCCUCACUGAAUCUAACCAGGAGAAUCCUGAAGCAUCUCCGAGCACACGUGAACCUUCAGAAAAAAGCAACAGUGGAAAGGAACCGAGACACGCCGUGAGAGAGCAGGAGCAGAAGCUUCUGGAGGAAAGGAUAUCGAAGUUGAUCUCAGAGAACACGGCUGUUGUUGAGGACAAACAGCUAGAGAACGUUAGACCACGGAAAACAGUUUUGUCAAAGCAGGGCAGCAUUGACCUUCCCAUGCCAUACACCUACAAAGACUCCUUUCACUUUGAUAUGAGGAAUAACCCAACUCAGAGUAUGGCCUCGCAAAGAUACAAAUCGGGGUUGUACAGUUCGGUGCCCACCCAGUGCUCCUCCACCGUGGAGCACGCCCCCCUGACCCGCAGCAGCUCCCUGCCCUUCAGCGUUAGCCUCCUGCAGCCGGACAGAAGCAGCUCAGCCUCCUCCAAUCAGAGCGAUUAUGUAACCCUCGUCCGGAGGGGAAGUUCUGGCCAGGUCAACCCCUCCAGUUUUGCACUGAGGCCCGUUAGCCAGCAUUCUUCCACACACCGCCCACUGGUCCGGCAGUCUGCUGUAGACUGCAACCACGCAACAGACGGUCUUUUCACAAAUCCGUCCGUGGAGGAGGCGAGCCGCGGCAGUCUCAGCUGCGACGGAGACGGGGGUGACAUUUGCCAAGAGCCAAACACCAGAAGGGUCCUUUCCCCUCCAACUAUUCUGUGGAUUUGA